UUUAGUGCAGCGCAGACCCAGUCUACAUUCCUGUGUUGGCGGUGACCAUUGUCGACGGAGCUGUAGCAAAACUUUUUGCGCCUUUUACUGUAUUCAUUUUCAAACCCUUUUUUACGCGCCUUCAAUCAUCCGAAUCUUGACAGGAGGAAAUGAGAGAGUGUAUCUCCAUCCACGUGGGCCAGGCGGGAGUUCAGACUGGCAAUGCAUGCUGGGAACUCUUCUGCUUGGAACACGGUGUGGGGCCAGACGGGGUGUUCAAUGAAGAGGACCAGGGGCCUAAUUCACGGACUGACCCCUUCAACACCUUUUUUAACACAGGAAGUUCUGGCCGCCAUGUUCCCAGGGCCAUAUUUGUGGACCUGGAGCCAACAGUGGUCGUUAAGCAAUUUCAUUUGUAACAUUUUGUUUCUCUCCACCCAUCAUUCAUGUUUGUGUGUGUGAUUGCACAUGUGUAGUGUAAAUGCAUAUCCAUCCUCAUGGGCCAGGCAGGAGUGCUAAUUGGGAAUGCAUGCGGGGACCUGUGCUGGAUGGAGCAUGGUAUCCAAGAGACAAGACCAUUGGUGGUGGCGGUGAUGACCCCUUUUACACUUUCUUCAAUGAGCGUGGCUCAGGAAAGCUUGUACAAAGGGCUGUAUUUGUGGACCUAGCCAGAUGUAAUUGAUGAGGUCAGGACAGGAAUGUACAGGCAGCUCUACCAUCCUGAGCAGCUCAUCUCUGGAAAGGAGGAUGCAGCCAAUAACUACGCCCGUGGACACUACACCGUGGGUAAGGAGAUCAUUGACGGGGUUCUGGAGCGUGUCCGUAAAAUGACUGACCAGUGCACAGGGCUACAAGGAUUCCUCAUCUUCCACAGCUUCGGAGGAGGCACUGGCUCUGGUUUCACCUCUCUGCUGAUGGAGCGCCUGUCUGUUGACUACGGUAAGAAGUCCAAGCUGGAGUUUGCCAUCUACCCAGCUCCCCAAGUGUCCACAGCUGUGGUAGAGCCAUAUAAUUCCAUUCUGACCACCCACACCACCCUGGAUCACUCUGACUGUGCCUUCAUGGUGGACAAUGAGGCCAUCUACGACAUCUGUCGCCGCAACCUUGAUGUUGAGCGCCAAUCCUACACCAACCUCAACAGAUUGAUCGGUCAGAUCGUUUCCUCCAUCACUGCCUCCCUACGCUUUGAUGGUGCCUUGAAUGUUGACCUCACAGAGUUCCAGACCAAUUUAGUCCCAUUCCCCCGCAUUCAUUUCCCUCUGGUCACCUACGCACCCAUUAUCUCCACUGAGAAGGCCUACCAUGAGCAGCUGACCAUCUCUGAGAUCACCACUGCCUGCUUCGAGCCAGCCAAUCAGAUGGUCAAGUGUGACCCUCGCCAUGGCAUGUACAUAGCCUGCUGUAUGCUGUACCGUGGCGAUGUGGUGCCCAAAGAUGUGAACGCUGCCAUUCAAAAUAUCAAGACCAGACGUUCCAUCCAGUUUGUGGAUUGGUGCCCCACCGGUUUCAAGGUUGGGAUCAACUAUCAGCCCCCGACUACCGUACCUGGAGGUGAUCUAGCUAAAGUCCAGAGGGCUGUGUGCAUGCUGAGCAACACCACUGCCAUUGCUGAAGCCUGGGCCCGUUUGGACCACAAGUUUGACCUCAUGUAUGCCAAACGUGCCUUUGUGCACUGGUAUGUAGGUGAGGGCAUGGAGGAGGGAGAGUUCUCUGAGGCCAGAGAAGACAUGGCUUGCCUGGAGAAGGAUUAUGAAGAGCUGGGCAGAACAAGCACAGAAUCUGAUGAUGAUGAAGCGGGUGAGGAAUAUUAAGAACAAAAUAACCAUGAUGUCCAAUCUGUCUUUUAAAAAUGUCAUAUUCUGUCUUUGUAUUCUUUCUUGUAACAAUAUAUUGUUGUAUCUGCCUGCCCUGAACAAAAACAUCUGAUGUUGUAUAAACAGCCAGAUGCACUUUUUUUGUGGUUUAUUAACACCUUGUUAAUCGGUAUGUUUCAAAGUGCCAUGUUUUGCAAUUGCAAUAGUUUUCAGCUUCUGAAUAAAAUCCGUCUUGAGUACAACAUUGCAAAAUAUAUUU